UACCGUGUACUUCGCUGUUAACAAGCACCACCUCUCGUUCGUUCUUCCUCCGAUGAUUCAGUUUUUUUCUUUUCUAUAUUAAAUCCCCAAAUGCAUAACGCAAAUUUAGAGUAAGAGGGGCUCACCAAAAUCUCGAUUCUGAAAACAACGAAUCCAAAUUUUCCCUCUCUCCAAACCGGGAGGGUUGCAUUUUCCUCCACAAACGCAACCCCACAGCGCCCAAAUUUCACGUUUGAAGGAGGUUUUUUCUUGGUUUGAUUCGUACCCCCCUCCCCCCAUUGCCGCAAUUUUGAAGGAUCUGCUUCGGAUUCGGAUAUGGAGGCCGAGAAGAAGUACAUUUCGUCGGCAGAGCUUCGGAAGCACAACAAACCCGGAGAUCUGUGGAUCUCGAUCAAGGGCAAGGUGUACAAUGUCUCCGAUUGGGCCAAGGAGCACCCCGGCGGCGACGAGCCGCUCCUCAAUUUGGCCGGCAACGACGUCACCGAUGCGUUCAUCGCGUACCAUCCCGGCACCGCCUGGGCGUACCUCGACCGCCUCUUCACCGGAUUCUACCUUGAGGAUUUCGAGGUGUCGGAGAUUUCCAAGGACUACCGGCGACUGGCGGCGGAAUUCUCCAAGCAAGGUUUGUUCGAGAAGAAAGGGCAUGUGACUAUGUAUUCUUUGAUUUCUGUUGCUAUAAUGAUGUGCUUUGUGGUGUAUGGGGUUGUGAAAUGUGAGAGCGUUUUGGUCCAUUUGGGUUCCGCUAUGCUUUUGGGUAUGCUGUGGAUCCAGAGCGCUUAUGUGGGGCAUGAUUCUGGGCAUUCUAAUGUAAUGUCGAGCCGUGGGUUCAACAAAUUGGCUCAACUUCUCUCUGGUAAUUGCUUGACUGGAAUCAGCAUCGCUUGGUGGAAAUGGACUCACAAUGCCCACCAUAUCUCUUGUAAUAGCCUGGACCAUGACCCUGAUCUUCAACACAUCCCUGUUUUUGCUGUUUCUGCUCGAUUCUUCCGCUCUUUGACAUCCCAUUUCUAUGGUAGGAAGCUGAAUUUCGAUCCCUUGGCUAGAUUCUUCGUUAGUUACCAGCAUUUCACAUUCUACCCUGUGAUGUGUGUGGCCAGAGUGAAUCUCUUCGUGCAGACUUUGCUUCUCUUGUUCUCCACUAGAAAAGUCCCUGAUAGAGCAUUGAACAUCAUGGGGAUUCUUGUUUUCUGGACUUGGUUUCCUCUUUUGGUCUCGUACCUCCCCAAUUGGCCUGAGAGGGUCAUGUUUGUUCUUGCUAGCUUCGCUGUGACUUCUCUCCAGCACAUCCAGUUCUGCCUCAACCAUUUCUCCGCUGAUGUGUACGUCGGGAAGCCCACCGGCAACGACUGGUUCGAGAAGCAGACCGGCGGGACUUUGGACAUUGAUUGCUCCUCGUGGAUGGACUGGUUCUUUGGUGGAUUGCAGUUUCAGCUGGAGCACCAUUUGUUUCCUCGAAUGCCCAGAUGCCAGCUGAGGAAGAUCUCUCCCAUUGUUGUGGAGCUUUGCAAGAAGCACAAUCUCCCUUACAGAAGCUUGACGUUUUGGGCUGCUAAUGCCCGCACCAUCAAGACUCUUAGAACAGCCGCCCUGCAGGCCAGAGACCUCACCAAUCCUGUCCCCAAGAACUUGCUCUGGGAAGCUGUCAACACCCAUGGAUGAAGAGAUUGAUGAAGAUUCAGAGAUGGAGGUUGAAGGUCAGAUCUUGCAUAGUUCUCAUCUAGACUUCUCAACAACGGCAGCAGGUUUUUUUUCCCUUUUUUCCUUUUGGGUUUUUGUUCCUUUUUUGGAUUAAAUGUUAGGAUAUGUUUGAUGAUGAUACUCCAAAUUAACACUCUGCUUCUGUUUUGUGGGUUCUUUCAUUUGAUUUAUAUAAACAACUUGUGUUUGAUUUUCACUGCA